UUUUUAUAAAUUUCAUAAGAUUGCCAACCGAUUGAGGGUGUCACUUCUGUAGACGCUCGUAUUUUUAACUUAAUUUGCUCAAAUUAUUUCUGUCUUAUGUUGUGCAUAUGUAUUUUAAUUAUAUUGAAAGCCGUACAUUGAAUGUUAAUGUGGCAGUGACUUUUUUGUGUUAAAAUCGUCCCGGAAUAUGCUUGGACAAGUGACCCAUGUUAUUUACAUAUUACCGUGAUUUCUUAUCAUAAUAAUACCUGUGUGUAGUGAAUUCGUUGCAGCGCUGGCCUUAGGAAAUGCAUAAUAACAUAUGGUGCUGAGAGUGAGCGAGUGAAUGGAUGUCAUUCACUCGAAAAUUUAGAAGAGUCAGAAAACCUCGAGGCAGUGUCACGCUCGCUUUGUUUUCCAGUGAUUUAAUUGUGAUAUUAAAUAUUAUUUGAGUAAUACAUAAGUGAAUUUAGUGUGCGUCGUUUGGACUAUACUUAAUUUUAAUUCCAUGCAACAAUUAAUGCUCAGUGCUAGUGCUCAACUUAACAGUUCCUUAAAAAUGGCUAGUGCCGAUAAUACAUAUACGUCCAUACAGUGAAUUAAAUUGUUUUUUUUUUUUUUUGUGGAAUAAUAGUGCGAGAAUAUUGAAUAAUGUGCGCACGGAAGGAAUUGAUCCAUUUUUAAUUUUUGCCGUACAACGCCAUCUAUUGCCGAGUAGCGGACAUAUGUAGUACAAGAUAGAAUGGAGGCCGGUUACAUACCGGUGUCGACUGGCAAUGCCGGGAAUGCGCCGCCUCCCAGCGUGGUAGCGCCAGCAACAAAUGUAAUUCGCGCGCCUAGUUUAAAACGCGGAAAAAUGGAGGAAGCUAUCUCAGACAGGAUCAAAUUGGAGAGCGUGCUCGGACUGACAGUGGGCAGUAAUGCGGCCCUCGACUGUGAUCCUAACACAGAGAUCGUCGCCUACCCAGCAGGAUGCACGGUUGUGCUGUACAACGUCAGAAAGAACAGACAGUCGCACGUGUUGAACGCGUCCCGCAAGAGUGUGACGUGCGUUGCGUUCUCCCCGGACGGGCGGUACCUAGCGACCGGGGAGUGUGGACACGCGCCCGCUGUGCGGGUGUGGGAUCUACACGACCCAACCGCAUCUGGUGCCGUGCAGAUAGCAGAGUUCCCAGGACACACACAUGGUGUCAGUUGUGUGGCAUUUUCGACAUCAUCGAAGUAUCUAGUGUCAGUCGGGUCGCAACAUGACAUGAUAGUCAACGUGUGGGAUUGGCGUGCCAACCUUAAACUAGCUAGUAACAAGGUUUCGUCUCGAGUGAAGGCAGUAAGUUUCUCUGAGAAUGGAAACUACUUCGUCACAGUUGGAUUUAGGCACGUCAAGUUCUGGUAUCUGGAGUACUCCAGGAAUGCUAAGUUCAAAGAGCCAGUGCCGUUGAUGGGCCGGUCGGCGAUCCUAGGCGAGCAGAAGGACAACGAGUUCUGCGACGUGGUGUGCGGGCGCGGCGCGGCCGCGGACAGCACGUACGCGAUCACGCGCGGUGGUCUGCUGUGCGAGUUCAACGGGCGACGUCUGCUCGACAAAUGGGUCGAGUUAAGGACGACGUCUGCCAACUGCAUGGCGAUCGGCAACGAGUACAUCUUCGUGGGGUGCGCGGAGGGCAUCGUGCGUUGCUUCUCGCCGAGCGCGCUGCAGUACAUCACCACGCUGCCGCGCACGCACUACCUCGGCGUCGACGUCGCUCAGGGCUCCUCCAUCAGCCAUAUGUUCACACAGCCCCAAAACGCGCGGUAUCCAGACGCAGUGGCGUUAACAUACGACGAGAGGAACCACAAGCUCACGUGUGUGUACAACGACCACAGUUUAUAUGUGUGGGACGUCAGAGAUAUCAAAAGGGUAGGCAAAUGUCACUCGGCGUUGUAUCACUCGGCGUGCAUAUGGGGCGUGGAUGUGGCCCCGAGCGGCGGGCCACUGCCGCCGGGCACUUUCCUCACAUGCUCGAGCGAUGAUACCGUCCGAGCAUGGAACCUCUCUGCAGCUUCCAACAUCUACAGCAACGAGCUGACGAAAGUGAUAUACGUCGACCCUGAAUUAAAGUUCCUGAAGGAUGUGGACCUGACAGCCACCAGUGAUAAAGACAAGUCGAAAUCCUAUGACGAUAAGACUGGAGUCAGGUGCGUCCGCGUGUCCCCGGACGGCGCCCACGUGGCGGCGGGCGACCGCGCCGGCAACGUACACGUGCACCGCGCCGGCGGCGGCGGCGGCCCGCUGCAUACGCUCGAAGCCCACGACGCUGAAGUCCUUUGUCUCGAGUACUCGGCGCGUCCGCGGCUGCUCGCCUCCGCCUCCAGGGAUCGUCUCAUACACGUCUUCCGGGUCGACCAGGGUUAUCAAAUAAUGCAAACUCUUGAUGACCACUCGUCGUCAAUAACCGCGGUUCGAUUCCUGAGCACGAACAGGCAGCUGCAGAUGGUGUCUUGUGGAGCGGAUAAGACGAUACUCUUCCGACAGAUACGAACGAAUCCAGAUGGCAGUUAUCAAUUUGCCCGUGGUCAGAACGUGUCUGGUCGAACCACGCUGUACGACAUGGAGGUGGAUGCGGGCGGCAGGCAUAUACUUACCGCUUGCCAGGACCGCAACGUCCGCGUGUACAGUGCGGCUCAGGGUCGUCACACCAAGACCUUCCGUGGAACCACCGCUGAGGACGGCACACUUAUCAAGGUGGCGUUAGAUAGCAGCGGUAUAUACCUGGCAACAUCCAGCACGGACAAGAUACUGAGCGUCUAUGAUUAUUAUUCUGGCGAGUGCAUGGCGACUAUGUACGGUCAUUCGGAAAUUGUCACUGGUCUCAGGUUCACGCCGGACUGCCAGCACCUGGUGUCGGCGUCGGGAGACGGCUGCAUCUUCGUGUGGCGGGUGCCGCACGACAUGGUGGUCACUAUGCGGGCGCGGCUCGCGCAGCAAGCCAUCCGCCAGGGCAAAAAAGUAUCAGCGCCAACUAACGGUAUGUCGGCAUUGGACAGCGAGAGUGAUUCCCAUUUCGGAUCUCCGCCACGUGACCUUCCCGAUCAAACACAGUACGGCACUCCCAUCGUUCCGGACUACACGCUCCGCAUCGGGAAGCUGCCGACGUGGGCUAAAAAGAGUUUAGGGGACUCGCUGCCGACUGCGCCGCCCACGCCGGCCGCCGCCGCGCCGCCCGCGCACCCGCCCCGCGGCAAGUGGGCCACCAGGGUGCAGCCCGAAAAACGCGUGGACUCGGAUGGUUCGAAAGACAGUUCGUUGGAUAGUGGCACGGACACUCGGUAUAUUGAGAAAAGAAGAGAGCAAACCAACGUUAAACAGAGGCCGAGGUCCCUCAACCUGACGCAGUUACCAAGAGUGGAAGCCCUAUUUCGCCAUUUUGAUAACACCAUGAGAAAGACAUAUGACAUACUCAUGAUAUCUCCGAGGGCCGAGAAGGUGACUAUUGUGUCCAAUACCCGAACGGGUGAGGGUAGAACUCGGCAUCAUACGGAUGACUCGUCGCUCGGCAGUUUUAAGUACGAGGACCAGGAGUCAACGGAGCACGAUGGUGACAUCGAGGAUAUAUCGGACGGCGAGAGGACGUCAUCUUCGGAACGGGGCAACCGGCCCACAUAUUAUCCGGGCAACAAUGAGGUCGACACGCCCGGCGAGUUUAUGGUGAACGCAAUGGACGCAGAAGAGUUGCGGCAAUCGGUACGUCGCUCCAAGAGGUGGAAAGCGGAGUCACCAAGACUGGAGCUGCCACCUAGCGGGACGUCUCUCAGUGGCUCCGGCCAUGACUCAGACGACGACGAGGUUUCAACGCCAUCUGGCGACAAUGCAGAACGGAAUCCACUAUCGGGUUCUUGCGAGUCGAUCGACACCGCUGGUCGUCGUGAGAAGUACAUUAAAUCCGCGUUCGAUAGUUUGAGUGGCGCUGAUUUAGACACGACACCACCUGGAGGCAACACAUCUCUAUCGUCACAACACUUGUCACGAGCUCCAGUACCAGCAGCCAGACCCUCGGCUCCGGCGCCGGCGCCGAGGACGCCGGGCAAACACGUGGACCCUGAAGCGGCUAGAAAGCGAGAAGAACUUACUAGGCGCAUAUUGGAGACGCGGCGGCAGCUUGAAAGCGUGGCGUUCCGGUCGAAUCUAAAAAGUAGUCAGUCGACCACAGAUCUGUCCUACGUGCCAGAGAAAGAUGGUUCGCGGCGGGCCCGCCCCAUCUCUAUGGCGGUUCCGUCCAAUACGAGGCAAUAUGUCAAUCGCAACCACAUGUCGUCUGAGCCUGAAGAGGAAUCAGCGGGGAUGAGGCGGGCUAUAUCGCUGUCCGAUCUCGCCGUCAAACCUAUGCCGGCACCGAGAACGCCACAAGCCACAUCGAAACCGGCGCAGCCUACAGCGCCUGCGACAAAAUCGCCCAGCGGAUUCGUCCGGCCUACACCCCGGUAUAACAACAAGUCAAACAUGACCCGAAGUUCAAGUGUUGGGGUCUUAAAUAAUCAGAGUGAUUCAGAAUCCGAUCCACAACCGUCUCGGCAGCAGCCCCCUCGUGCCCAGGGUCUGAUGCGGCCGACCAUCAGUUCAAUGAACAAGGUUGCUGCGAACACAGCCAGGAGACGGGGACUCGCCAACGCUUAUAGUGCAGUGAGCCUCUCAACCGGGGGGCAGGAGGAGUCCAGUUCCGAAGCGGAGGAAAGGACCGCGGAGAAGCCGGCGGUCCCGCCGCGGCCUAGAGCGGGCUCGGUCGACCAGCGACGUAUUGGACGUAGCGGUAGCGAACGGGACUUGUCGGCGAAGGCGAGAGAGGUGACCGCGCGGUUGACGGCCAACACGAGGCAGCGACCCAAACAGGACACCGCCCCAGAGGCCAACAUGUCGUCGUCACAGCUGUGCUCCGCGUUAACGGAACAACUGACGAAAACCGCGUGCAAAGUGGUCCAGCUGUACACGAGUCUGCAAAGGGAGCCCAAUUCCGCCGCUGAUAUCAGCGGUCUCGAAGCGGCUAUAGUUGAAACGCAAAAGGUCCUUCGUAGCGCCGUGAUGCGGAACGCGCAGAACGGGGGCGAAGCCCUGAGCAGCCUCUCGUCCAACGACGGGGACUACAAAGGUCUAAACGUGGACUCCACUCGACAGAAAUUGGAGCACCUCGUCUCGAAAGAAGCAGGCAACGCUGGCAACACUACAGCAUUAUCAUUCUUCGAACAAUACUCCGAUAUAUUAUUAAAUAUGAUGCAAACGAAAAUGGUGAAUCAGUUCCCUCAAAGCCCCCAAAGUUUACCGCCGAACACGUCAAGAGAACCAGGGGCGGAGAGCUAGUAUAAGCCUAACAUGUGAUAAAAACUGGAAAACUUUUAAAUGAGCGGUAGGUGUCGUUAUAACCGUUAUCGAGUUUUGUGACUUCUUUAUUUGUAUUUCGAAUGAUUGUGACGUUUAGUGGUUUUUCAAUGUGUCUUUAUGGCUUCAUUAUUGACAUUUGAUUGUAAGAAGUAAUAAUAAAUUAAUUAAAUUUAUUAACAAAUUAUCACGGCAAAAACUUUUGCACGAAUAUAAUUUUUUAUUGAUUAUUCUAUGUCGUCCUCAUACUAUAUACAUAUGUACAUUUUAUACUAUUUAUGAUUUUUUUAAUUUUUUUUUUACAAACAGCACAAACAGAGAACGAAUUGCACAAACAUUUUAUCAUCAUCAUCAUCAUCAUAAUCAUAUAAGCUGUUAACUGUCCAUUAUUGAAUAUAGGCCACUCCCAUAAACUGCCAUUGCCUCCCCGUAGUGCAUUUGAGUUUGUCGCUCCAUGGAUAGAGCGAUUAACGUUUAUUAAAAUACCAAACAAUAUAUGGGGCGGUACAGAUAACAGUCCUUUUGUUUAUUCUCAAGGAUUAAAGUAGCAAUUUCGAUUUGCAAUUGCUGCAAAUUAUGGCUUAAAAUGGUUGUACUUUUGUAUAUACAUUGACAAUUGCAAUAAAUAUUCAAUCCUAAAAUGGAUUUUAUGUAUUUGUCCUAUUGAAUUACCGAUAUAAGACAAUUUAAAAUUUAAUUUACUACUGAAUUACUGUACUGACUCUGCAAUACUGAAUGACUGGAUUCUUGAGCUUUUCUUAGAGAAAUAAAAAAAAAAAAUUCUCACAAUCAAAUGUCAUUGGCGUGAAUAAGUCUAGAUAAACGCAACAGAUGGGUAUGGUACAUAUUCGUCUAGUUGCCUUCACGCGCUCCGCGAGGGACACUGUAAAACUCUGAUUUUAUUCGCACGAUAAAAUUACAUGUUUUACUGAACGAUAUUGAGUCGAUGUCAAGGAAUAAGUUUUUGUACCAUAAAAAGAGAUAUAUCCAUAAUUGUUGAAAUGGAACGCAUUAAAAUGUAAUAAAAUAUUCUGCGUCUUACACACAUGUAUUUUACGUUUUAAAUAGGGAACUCAUACGGCUUAUUUUUAAAUUGGUUUAGCAUAUCCUUGUUAUUUUGUUAAAAUUCUAUUAAUUCAAUUUAUUUUUUGACAUUCCAAAUUAUAUGCUAUAAGCUGAGUUUGAAAUUUUAAUUAAACAUAUUCCAAAUUUUUUGACAUAUCUAUAAAAGAAAGAUAAUAUACUGUCUAGUGCGGUAUUGAUCCGCAAAGGUGAUCUUUUAUGACUUUCAAUGCUAGCAAACUAAAAGUUUACUACGUUUAAAAGUUAACUAAUAUCAUCUGUUAGUUAUUAAAACAUCAAGUUAUGAUUACUGUUUAUUGUCUUAUGAUAAAUGUUUUUGUAACAGUAUUAUGAUUAAUACAUGUAUUGUAAUAAUUACAAAUAUAUAUAUUCUUUAUUGCACUUGAACAAUACAUGUAGCGAUUAGUUUAACAACUUGUUAACAAGGGAGGGCUUAUCUCUGGAAGAAAUCUCUUCCAGCCAACCCAGUGUAGUUAGAGACAAAAUAUAUAUGUUACAACAUAUUUGUAAUGAUUACAAUAUAUAUAAAAGUAUAACAAAAAGUUAUGGAGUGACAAUUUAAAAAGACAACCAUUCCAAAGAAAAGAUAUGAUCAAUUUUUAAUUGUAUACUUUAAUAUAUCCUUGACUUUCAUGUAACCUUGACUUACAUUUUACACUCAAUUAACGAAUUUAAUCAGAGUUAAUCAAUUUAUAAACAUGAUUAUUCGGUAUGUUUAUUAAUAAAUCAUGUUAAUUCUGCCAUACUAAUUAUUGCAUUUAAAUUCAUUCCAAUUUGUUAUUAGAAAAUUUUAUACUUGUAUCGUGUUUAUGUAUUGAAAUGUGUUAUACAUUAUGAGACUUUGAUGUAGGUAAAAUUAAAUAUUGCAUAGAUAUAAGGCUUUCAGCACAUAGAGUAGUAUCGCCGCGAUUGUCGAUUAAUCGUUUGAAAACACACUGCAGUUUAUAUAUACAGUAAUCAACAGUAGACCAUUAGACACGUUAGAUAAAGUAACGAGUUUCGGAAUUAAAAAUCAUGUAAUCUUUCGGGGUAUGUUAAGAUAUUAUACUACUGGUUGUUUUUUUAUACUAUGGUAACAUAUCGCCACACGACUGAUGGCCGUGGCACCGUAUCUUCUACAUCUGUGUGUUAAUUGCAGAGUUUUUACAUAUAACGCAGUGUUGCUCUAUGUGUGAAGUGCCUUACGUGAUCGUAUGUAUGAUUUUAUAGAAUGUGAUAAAUAUUUAUGUAUCCUUCUAAAAUUAUCACAGCUGGUCAUAAAGUCAUAACGUUGAUAUUAAUUUGAAUAGAUGGUCGGUUUGAUGUAAUUAAGCAUGCUCUAGAGCAUGACCUUAAACAAUUAUAUUUAUAUUAAAGAGGAGCGCUGGGAUUUCUUUGGACUAAUCUAUUAUCCAAUAAAUAUCUCUGCAUUCAGAUUCAUAGAAAAUGAAACGAGCAAGUGCAGAACAGUCCAAAUCUGCGGAAGAAUAUACUGAGUGAUUAAACGAUAAUUUUUGUUUGACAAAAUUAAAGACCGGGUACGAAGUUAGUUUAAAAGUAAUACUGGGGUAAUAACGGAUUACUGGUUUAAUAUUUGCGUUAUCUAUUCAAAUUAAUGUCUAGACUAAUUAUAAUAUUGGUUUUGUAUAUUGGCUUCAGAGUUAUAGAACUAUUUAAUAUAACGAAAUUGUCAGCGAGCAAAGUUAGAUGUUUUGACAUCGUUACAUGUAGCAUAAAUAAUUUGAACUUUAUUAUUAUUAGUCAUAUAGCAUAAAUUAGAUAAUUCUAUUCUAUUUACGGUUAGAAUAAAUGGACCUAAACUCUGAAGCCGGCGCAAUUGUAAUGAAUUAAAAGAAUUUUUAAACGACACGGGUAUUAUAGCUAAUUGGUUUCCAUAAUUUAGCAUUAUUAUUUAUAGAUUAAAAAAAUAUUCAUAAAUGCAUUCAAUGACCAUGCCAAACCAGAAUUGUGUUGUCAGAUUUGUAAAAUUUGUUUCAUUAAGAAGCUAGUCAACUAGCAGAAAAAUAACAAUUGAACUAUCAGAAAUAGAACACUAUAAUUCAAAGGAAGUUCCAAUAUAAAUUUACGCUUCAAAUAUGAAAACGAGUGUAAUUACUUAUUCUUGGAAAUAUGCUUACUUAAGUAAAAAAAAGAAAUAAAUAAACACUCAAACCAAAUGUCUUUUCAGCAUGUAUUUCAAUCUAUUUUUGUGCUUAUAUCAAAUUAAAAUUUUAACAUUAUAAUGUUAACACUACCUCAUAUUCGAAUUUCUACCAAAGUAACGUUAAUGGCGUAUUUGCAUUAGUCGAGGUUUUAAUAUUGCAAGUAAAAUAUUCUGUAAAGUCUACAAUAUAAAUUGAGAUUAACGAUUGGUCUUUCCUUUAGACCAAUUAUUAAUCUAAGAAUACCAAAUACAAGUAUCAUCAUAAAUGGUUGAAAAACUGUUUUACCGCUUUCGUCGGCAGUUAAUUGCAAAAAUGCAACCAACAGUACCUAUUUCUCGCUAUUGUACUACAAUCGUUAAAAAUUAAUUAACGAUUCGAGGAAGUGCAAGAAAAUUUUAUAAAUAGUCCGCCAUAUUGGAUUUGAUAAGGUGUGAGAUACAAUGUUUUCAAGUGAAGUGUUGAGGUAUUUUUAAAAAGUCGUCAUGAAAAUUAUUAUAGUGGGUAACUGUGUCGACAAAGGUAAAUGCGCCAAAGUUUGCAGAUCAUAAACAGUGAUUGAUGUUAUGUAUAUAAUUGGUCGCUGUUUGGGUCGUUUGUACAUGAAUAUGAAUAGUAAAAAUAAUGGCUCUUAAGGCAUGUGGAUUCGUUGUAUUAAUUGAUAAUUCGCUCGGAAGUUUUAUAGGGAUAGAUUGUACAGAGUGUUUAAACAAGUCGACAUUGAUAAUGUGAUUUCUAACGCUUGAAAUGUAUAUAGUUUUGUACAAAUAGUUCGCUAAAAUGUGUAAGCGCUGCAAAUUCUCCAAAACGUUUGUAAUUUUUGUUUAUGGUAUGUGUUCUGUCACUUUUAAUAGACAAUCCAAACCAUAAACAAGGAGUUUCAUUUUGCAUUCACAAUGAAAGAGAAUUAGUUUAUAUUCUUGUUUUCAGUUUAAAAAUGAAACUUAGAAUAAAUAGAUAAAACAUCAGGGAUGUUAGUGCAAAUUGUUUUGGGAAAUUGUUAAAUAAAUUUCAUACUGAUGGUAUAAUGUCAGUCUGAAAAAGAUAUUUGUCUUAUUAUGAUAAGGGCAUUUAAGAGCUUCGAAAUUGGAAAAUGCGAUCUAAGAUUGCGUUCUUCGUUAUCUUAAUUCUCAAUACUGAGUCACUAAGUCACUUAUUGUAAUAUAGAUGGCGCUGUUAAUAUCUUUUCUCUGAUAAUUGGAGGUGUUUUAAAUUAACUCAAUCGAUUAACGUCCGCAAGUCAAUGUUAUCGUAGUUCUAAGUGUUUUUAUUUGGAUUCGUCACAAAUAUGUAGUAAUGGUUAUUGUAUGCGAGGUUGUAUGUACGAAGUGUAUGUUGAAAGUGUAAAUAACGAUAUUAAACUAAGCUAUUGUAAUAUUUUAACAGAUUCUGAUUUUUUUUUAAGCAUGGCUCAGGGCUUAAGCAUUUAUGACUAUAUCUUUUAUAGGAGUUUCUCUAUAUAGACUGAGAGUGUAUCAGUUUUAAAUGCUGACGUAAGAUUUAUGUAUUGCUUUCUUUUUCAAAUAUUUAAUACUACUUUAAAUAUGUUUUCAAGUCUUGUUACUUAAAUUUUACUUUCUUUUUUUUAAAUCUUUUUAACAUGUCAUAUUAAUUGUGAUUGAAAAAUAAUUUUUCAGCCUUCCACAGAUAGUAGCCCUGGUUAAUUAAAUUAAAUAAAUUUAUAUCUGUUAUUUAAAUUUAUGCAAUUAUAAAUUGUUAAUCUCUCAUUAUAUAUAGAACAACUCCGUUUUCUGAUCACAAGUCGUAAUUAUUUAUGUACAAAGGUCUUUAUUAUUUAUAUAUGUAGUAAUUGACUGUCUUAAAAGCUUCAAUAAAAAAAAGAACAGAUAGUUCUAUGCUGACACAAUCGGUUAAUAAUUUUCAGUCAUUAUUUUGAAGUUUAAACUAGGCCAUAAAAACACAAGAAUGUGAUACUUUUCUAGUAUGACAAAACAUUAUCAAUUUUUGAUUCCUUAGUCAUUAUUAAAAAUAAAUUUGGAAAUUUAAUGGAAAGUCAUAAUUCUAUAGUUCUUCAUUUUGUAUUUAGCAUUCCUAUGGCAUAAACAGACAUACAAAAGAAAAAAAGGACGGGUUCCUCUCUUUUCUCCUUGUUUUACCCGCAUAUCUCACUCGCCAUAUUGUCAAUACUAUAAUUAUAUUAACUUCAGAGGUGUAUUUAUUUUUCAUGAUAAGUGUAUUUAUGAUUUUGCGUUUCUACAACAGAUUGUGUCACAUCUUUGGUAUUAUUUUAUAUAGCUCUUGUUUAUGCUAUCAGUCAUAGACAAAACGAUAUAUCGUCAAUAUUUUGGAAUUUAAAAUGUCGGUAGAAAAUAAUUUAUUUGUGAUCCAAAGUCUCUGGUUCAAACUGUUAAUCGAGGUAUUAGGUGGGUUAAUUAUACCGUAGGCGUAGAUUAGUAAAUACAUUUGGGGAAUGGUGUGGGGAAGAUUGGGCAUUUCGUAUUAACAAUGUUUCUAAUAUGGACGAUAUAUCCAUUUGUUUUCAUAACCCAUGUGGCCUGUUGUCAACCCCCGCGAGUUUUGUAUUAUGUAGUUAAUUAUUUUAUAUGUUCAAAAUUGUAUUGCCAUUUACGAAGACUAAUAUUAUUAAAUACGAUAUUAUAAUUGUGUAUGUAGUGCAGAUAAUUUGGUUACUUUUUUAAUUUUGUUCUCGAUAGGUUACCUGAAUAUUAUCGUAAUAAAUUAAUUUAUAUCAAA